GCCCGGGGAGCCGCGCGGCAGCUGGGGAGGGGGCCGCGGCUGGGCGCGAGCGAGCGAGCUAGCGAGCAAGCGGAACAGCUGAUCUGGUUUUCCCUAAGCCAGGGAAGAUGGAAGUCGGCUAGCGGUGACUGCGGCGCUGCGGGCGGAGCGGCGGGCGGCGCGGCAGAGUUCUCAGGGGCUAACUGGGUUCUCAUACCUCCCCUGUGGCAGGAAUGGGCCAUUUCCAGCAGGGACAGUGCCAUGUUAAUCCAAAUGCCUGAGUGCCACUCACAUCCAAAGAGCAAGGAGUCUGAAAAGUAAUAUAGCACUCAUCCCCAAGUGACAGGAGAGUUACCCCGCCUGUUUUCACAGAACUUCCAGCACUUGGUGCUGACACUAGGGGAACUAUUCAGGUGGCAGUGACAGAAGAGGAGACGCUUGUGGCUGGAGCUGCGGUGCUGGAGGCGGAGGAAGGAGUCUCCUAACUGGUGCCACAUACAUCAGAUGGAUGGUCUCUAGCCUGCUUCCAAACCCGCCCUCGGCUGAGUGCUGGGCAGUGCUUCUACAUGAUCCUAUGACGCUUGAUAUGGACGCAGUCCUGUCAGACUUUGUUCGGUCCACGGGGGCAGAACCUGGUCUGGCCAGAGACCUGCUAGAAGGUAAAAACUGGGACCUGACAGCUGCUCUAAGCGACUAUGAGCAACUCCGUCAGGUGCACACAGCCAACCUGCCACAUGUGUUCAAUGAAGGGAGGUGUGCCAAGCAGCCCGACCGAGAAUUGCCCCAGCCUGGGCACAAGGUGGAGCGACCCUGCCUCCAGAGGCAGGAGGAAAUUGCCCAAGCAGAGAAACGUCUUUCCCGGGGGAUUUCCCAUGCCAGCUCAGCGAUCGUCUCCCUGGCCCGGUCCCACGUGGCAAAUGAAUGCAACAAUGAGCAGUUCCCCCUGGAGAUGCCCAUCUAUACGUUCCAGCUGCCGGACCUGAGCGUGUACAGUGAGGACUUCAGGAGCUUCAUCGAGCGGGACCUGAUCGAGCAGGCCACCAUGGUAGCUCUAGAGCAGGCAGGUCGCCUUAACUGGUGGUCUACUGUGUGCACGAGCUGUAAAAGGCUUCUUCCUUUGGCCACGACAGGGGAUGGGAACUGCCUCUUACAUGCCGCCUCACUGGGAAUGUGGGGCUUUCAUGACCGGGACCUGGUUCUUCGGAAAGCACUCUACACCAUGAUGAGGACCGGUGCUGAACGGGAGGCCCUGAAGCGGAGGUGGAGGUGGCAGCAGACACAGCAGAACAAGGAGUCAGGGCUGGUGUACACUGAGGAGGAGUGGGAGCGAGAGUGGACAGAGCUGCUAAAACUGGCCUCCAGCGAGCCUCGCACACACCUCAGCAAGAAUGGCAGCGGCACGGGCGGCGGUGUGGACAACUCUGAGGACCCUGUAUAUGAAAGCCUGGAAGAGUUCCAUGUCUUCGUCCUAGCCCACAUAUUGCGGAGACCCAUUGUGGUGGUGGCAGACACCAUGCUGAGAGACUCUGGUGGUGAAGCGUUUGCACCCAUCCCGUUUGGAGGGAUCUACCUGCCCCUGGAGGUGCCUCCCAACAGGUGUCACUGCUCGCCCCUGGUUCUGGCCUAUGAUCAAGCGCACUUCUCAGCCCUUGUGUCCAUGGAACAGAGAGACCAGCAGAGAGAACAAGCUGUCAUCCCCCUGACGGAUUCGGAGCACAAACUGCUGCCCCUACACUUUGCAGUGGACCCAGGAAAGGACUGGGAGUGGGGGAAAGACGACAACGACAAUGCCCGGCUAGCCCACCUCAUCCUAUCCCUAGAAGCCAAGCUGAACCUUCUACACAGCUACAUGAAUGUGACGUGGAUCCGCAUCCCCUCCGAGACCCGGGCUCCCCUUGCCCAGCCAGAGUCUCCAACGGCCUCGGCAGGGGAGGAUGUACAGUCCCUGACCGAAUCGCUGGACUCUGACCGCGAUUCUGUGUGCAGCAAUUCUAACAGCAAUAAUGGCAAGAACGGUAAGGACAAGGAGAAGGAGAAGCCGCGCAAGGACAAGGACAAGACACGCGCGGACUCCGUGGCCAACAAGCUGGGCAGCUUCAGCAAGACGCUGGGCAUCAAGCUGAAGAAAAACAUGGGCGGGCUGGGCGGCCUGGUGCACGGUAAGAUGGGUCGUGCCAACUCUGCCAAUGGCAAGAACGGCGACGGCAACGAGCGCAGCAAGGAGAAGAAGUCCAAGUCUCGCAAGGGCAGUAAAGAGGACUCCGGAGCGUCAGCUAGCACCUCGCCGUCGGAGAAAACCACACCGUCGCCCACGGACAAGGCGGCGGGUGCAUCGCCGGCCGACAAGGGCAGCGGGCCAAGGAGCGACGCCUGGAAGUACAGCACGGACGUGAAGCUGAGCCUCAACAUCCUGCGCGCCGCCAUGCAGGGCGAGCGCAAGUUCAUCUUCGCCGGCCUGCUGCUCACCAGCCACCGGCACCAGUUCCACGAGGAGAUGAUCGGCUACUACCUGACCAGCGCGCAGGAGCGCUUCAGCGCCGAGCAGGAGCAGCGGCGCCGGGACGCCGCGGCAGCCGCGGCCACCGCCACGGCCACGGCCACGACCAAGCGACCGGCGCGCAGGCCCGAGGCUGAGGGGCCGCCAGGCCCGGAGCGCGCCUCGCCGGGCCCGCCAGCCGCGCCGCCCACGCAGCUGGUGCUCAAGCUCAAGGAGCGGCCGAGCCCGGGGACCGGCGUGAACGCGCGGGCGACGCGGGCGGUGGGUGGCGCGGCGUCCCCGGGCCCGGGCGGCGGCACGCGUCGCGCGGGUACCGGCACGGGAGGCCCGGCCCCAGGCCGCAGCCCACCCGCGCCCGCGCGCCAAAGCGUCAUCCACGUACAGGCGGCAGCCCGGGACGAGGCGUGCGCGCCGGCCGUGGGCGCGCUGCGGCCGUGCGCCACCUACCCGCAGCAGAAUCGCUCGCUGUGGUCGCAGAGCUACAGCCCGGCGCGCGGCGCGCUGCGCACAGUCAACACGGUGGAGUCGCUGGCGCCCGGCGGAGGGGACUCCCCGGGGCCCGCGGAGCAAAAGUCGCAGACUUACAGCAACGGCUUCAGCGCGGCCCGCGGCGACGGCCUGGAGUUCGCCGAUGCCGACGCGCCGGUCGCGCGCUCGAACGCUGAGUGCGCCCGCGGUGGCCCCGGGCCCGCGCAGCGGCGCUGCCAGCGGGAGAACUGCGCGUUCUACGGGCGCGCCGAGACCGAGCACUUCUGCUCCUACUGCUACCGCGAGGAGCUGCGGCGGCGGCGCGAGGCGCGCGCUGCGCGGCCCUAAGCCGCCAGGGACUGCUUUUCCAUCCUUGGGUCUUUUUUUUAAAACUUGCUCUGGUCAUUCGAAGGACCGGCGCCUCCUCCUCGGUGAGUGCCGUGUACGUGUUUGGUCAAACGUUCCUAAUGGUGCCUGAACCUACACUGAUGCCACUCAGGUAGUAGACGGAUAGGAAACAAGUCAUACUGUUGAAAGUGGGUGUGCUAGCCUAGCAUCUGCCUCGUUACCUGUGGAAACUCAAUAGCCAUUGCAAGAGUAUUUUUGUUCCUCUAUACGAGAAAUAAAGAAAAUCGCAGCCCUUUGUUUUUAGAAGGGAGUGUUUUACAUGCUUUUCUUCCCCCUUAACCUAGGGACUGACCUCUUUCAGGUAGCGGUCACUUGCGUGCAGUUGGUAGCACGCAGGGUUUAGAAGCAAAUGCACAGCCCGGCCUGAGGGGGAGCCUCCUCCGAAUCUCCCACCUGGGUCCCUGGAGACCUCCAGCAGGCACCUCGCUACCCGCUGACGCUGGACCCUUAGGACUCCUCCCCAGCUCCAUCUCAUAAGCAAACCCUCCUCCCACAGCCCCCGGCUCGAGCACCAUUCUCACUGCCAUCCAAGCCGCGGGCGACCACAGAAUGGGCACCGGACAACCUACCUCUCAGGGCACGGGGAGGUGUAACGAUCACUCCCAGUGCCGAGCAGCUCCGGUGACAGGAGCUUCGCAGAGACACUUGGGGGUGCCCAAAAAAAAAAAAGCAGGGUCUUGAACUCACGAUCGGAUCGGCCCACCCAUGAGCCAGUGUGACAGGCUGCUUAUGUCUCCUUUGAAGACACAUGUACAGUGAACUGUCGCUGGAGGGUCCCUUAGGAGGUGAUCUCACAUCUGUGUCCCAGAGGAGGGGACAGAAUUGACCCCUUGGUCACUGUGUCAGCCCUCAUCGGGCUGCUUUGAACCUAGCCUGGCCUCCUUCCUUAGGGUGGGGGUUGAGGGAAGCCGAGGCCAGGGAGACAAGGACACCACCCUUACCCCACCUGCAUCUGUCUGGGUUCAGCUUGGUUAAAGGGCUCUGUGCUGGUGGAGACCUUUCACGGGGCAGGUGGCCUGUUCCUGGCUCCAUGCCACAUUGAGGGAGCAGCCCAAUCUGUGAGCAGUCUCCUUUCUGGUGCCUCCUACAUUUCUUGAGGAAAAUUAAAAUAAUAAUAAUAAUAAUAAUAAUGUGUCCUUAGCUACCCUGUUUUGAGCAGCAAUAUGCAGCCUCAUCCUUCCAAGAUUACCUCUGCAGACCACUGUUGUUGGCCAGGACACUGAGGAGCUAGCCUGCUUCACUAAAGAGCAAGCUUGCUUCCAGGAUAUAGGAAGCCGAUGGGUAAAAUCCUCGAUAAGGAAAUAAUACUUACACACCUGGUGAGAGCUUUAGACUAGCCCCGCCCCCAUGUCCCUAAAAACAGGAGAAAGCACCUGCCUAUCCUCAGAAAGUGCAGAAAAUGGUUCACACAGUCACCUGGGCCAGCCUCUCCAACUGAAGGAUGCUUUAUCCCGUGACGUCCAGAGCAGCAAAAGCAAAAUAAUAAUAAUAAUAAUAAUAUUAAAUAAAAAUAAUAAAUAAAUAAAAAUGUUCAAAGGAUGGGGAGGGAAUUUUUUUUACCUGUUUGAAAAAUGAUAAUAAAAUAACUGAGUAUCUCCUGUGAGUAGUUCCUUUUUGUUUUUAAUUAUUCCACAGCCUGUGGAGUUUUCAGUAAUGUAUUCAAGUUUUGCAUAAAGUGGUUCCUUAAAUCAAAAUUAUGUAUUAAAUAGACCUUUAAGACUUUUUUUCAAACUUUUAUUUUCGUGUUGAACAAGAUGCUUUAAACGUGUGGUAAUAGCUAAUACUCAUCUCCCUGAGAGUACUGGGAUUCCUCUUGUUACUUGGGGUGGGGGCAGGAAAGGUUCAAAAAUAUAUCUCUCACUCAGAGGGUUUGUGGCAGCUUGCAGGGAUAGCUGGUUUCUUUUGAACACAUCACCCGAACAGCUGUUUCAUCCCCCAAAGUUGUCGGGUUACCUAAGCCUCUGCUUCCAGCAAAGUGGGCUACUCUAGCUCAUCCCUCAAGACUAGAGUUCCAGUGUGUGUUCCGAAGGCCAGCACACAGGCACAAGAGGCAGAAAUGCAUGCUUGCCUUUCUCAUACCGUGAUGUUAAAACAGACAACCAGAAAUUCCCAAAACUGGCUAUGCAAAUCUUUCCUCUUUCUCAUGUGCUCUGCCAGAAAAAUAAAUAAACAGGGCAAGUUGAGAAUUAAAGUAGUUUAUGGUAAUAACAGAAACCCUCCCAACAGGGCAGUUGUUGUGCACUCUUGAAGGAUGACAGAGGACUGUAUCUCCUUCCUUGCCAACUUACUUCUCCCUCCCCCAGUCUAAUGACGAAUGUCCCUCAGCUUGAUCUCAUUGGGAUAGACAAGGUAGAGCACCGGUUGGGGCCUGCCCCAAGCAGUCCAUGUGUUUAAAAGUCCCAUUGCCUUCUGUGAGAAAGGCUGCUUCUGUGGUUUCUGUGUGCUCACAGCCUGCUUCCUGUUGCUCAGAAGAGCUGAGCCCUGACUAGAUGGGCACAAGUGGGCCAAGUUCCCUAAGAUCCCUCUUUGACUGGGCAGCCUUUUUUGGAACACAGAAGAAGAGGGUAGGUCCCAGCUGCUGUGUUGAGAGACACUGCCUGUACCCCUAGCAAGCAGGGUUCCCCAUGUGAUCUGGCCAGACUUUCUAAGAGGGAUGGGUGUGUCCAAGCGACAGCAAAUGCCCAGAAAUAACCCAGAUGUCUCUAAGCCCCUGUGGAGAUUAUUCCAGAAAUUUAGUUCACAUUUCCUUCACUUGUAUUGCCUGGGGGGAUGAUUUUUAAUCAUAUUAUUUUGGCAAGGGAAGUAGUUUUUCAGUAUAUUCUGUUUAUAGAUUUUAUACACUGUUACGUUCAAGUUUUACAGGCCAACUUUAAACUGUACUGUAGAAGUUAUUUUUAUAUAACUCCCAGAACGUGCCACAGAGCAAUACCUUGCACCCUUAUUUCUACAAGGUUGUCCCUCAGAAGAGUAAGUCUUGAUGGCGGGGCUGCACUGUGACGCUGGAAUCUCUGUGCUUUUGUGUGGACCUCUGACACUGGGACCAUGUAAAUACCUUCACCAGUUUGACUGAGCACUUGGUUUGUUUUCGUCCAUGUAUGGGUUUGUGGUGCUGCAUCAUUUUCAUUGAUGAAAACGUUGUCACUAAGUUACUGUGGCCCCUUCCUUAGCUAUUAGUACCCAUGCCAUUUGAACCUAUUGUUUUCCAAAGUUAACGUUUUUUGCAGAAUUACUUAACUUAAAAAUCCUGGUAGCUUAUUGUCAUAAGUAACUCAUGAUGACAGAAGAUGAAAGAAUCCACCCGAAUGCAGGCCUCAGGAUGUGGCAUCCCCCAUGAAGUCAGUUUGUACCCCAAAGUAGCUGGGGGCAGAGCCAAUUGUACCCAAGACCCUCCCUUAGUAUCCAUAAGUUUAUUUUGCAAACUCUCCUAACUGUAAAAACAGACCUUUCCCAUCAAAAUAUAUUCCAUGUUGACUGAAAAAAAGCAAAAGGGGGUGCAGGGUUGUAGAUGCCCAUGUUGGGAAAUUUGUGAAAUACAAAAACAAGGGAGAGUGUGACAGUUCCAUUGUGCGAGUCAAGCUAGAGGCACUUUCCUCAUGCUUGAGGUCUCUUUGUGACAUGCUCUUUGCCCUUGGUCAUAGGGAGGAUAUUACAUAUUCAGUUCCUCCCGUGUUCUUUUCUUCCAAAGCUGCUAAUAAGUGAGAUGGUAGUUUGGUGGCUGAGUGAGCUAGCUCUGACCUUAACCCCCUUGAGAUGAGAUAGAGUGGCCUGGGCUCCAGCUAAGAAUCUCCUUCUCUUGUCCUUUGAAGAGAAGCACCUGUGAGAAAUCCAGGGGUGGCCAGUCCUCCUGGCACCAGGAGGUGGCAGUCCCUUCCCAAAAGCCUUAAGUAGUAGCUCUCCAGACUUCUGAGUGCCCUGCCUCUCUUUGCUGACGUCGCUCAUAGUCUGUAUGGGUGUGCAAUGUGUAAUUAUAGGACACACACAGAAGGCCAUCAUCCCCAAACAUGCUAGCAAUAUGGCUAUUUCUAAUGAUUGUAUAAAAUAACUCAUUAAAGUUUGGAUCUUCACUGUUUUAAUGAAAUGAUGCACACUGCUGUACUUUUAUUCUUCCAGAGAAUAUCUCAAAGAUGUAUGUGUGCUUAUACAUACAUAUAUGUGUAUAUAUACAUACAUACAUACAUACACUGUUUAACGUAAGGUGAGCAAUGUCAGUUGGUUUAAGGGUCAAUGUAAGUGGAAUCUGCUCAAAACAAAAGCAGUGAAAUCGGCUACUACAGACUCUGUCUCCACAUUCUGAAGGAUGACUUUCCAUGAAAACAGUUUCCCAUCACAUAGUAAUAGCCAAAACCUUACAAAGCCUGCCCUGGCUAGGUAUGGCCAGAGGUGAUGCCAUCUCCAGUUUCCAGGCACCCUCUGGCCUUAGGGUCAUGGUAUGUGUUACUCCUUCUAUUCUUCAUGGUCUACCCAGUCUUUGCUUCACCACCAUCCUUCAGCAAGCCCUUCUCCAACUUCAUCAUUUAAGCUAAUAUCCCACCCUUCCUCCCAUCUUUAGCUUCCUCUCACCGCUCCUGAUCACCACGUAUAUUAACUACUCAUUCAUUCAUUUUGCCACAGCCCCGGGUCCCUGUAGAAUGUAAACUCCAUGCAUCUUGUUCACUGCUGUGUGCUGGUGCCUACAGCAGAGCCUGGCACACCGUAGGCACUGGAUAAAUCCUGGUUGAAGAAAAGAAAUCCCUCAUUUGGUAAGACACCACAAAAUGUCAGUUUCAUCCUUCAUCAAGUACUGAUUUUUCUGCUGCCCUUACAUAUAAAAACUGCAAGCUGGUUAGGUGGUCUGGUUCAUUAAGACUGGAGGUACCACAUGACUAGAUGUGAUAACUUAAUCAUUGAUAGCAUCUGUAGUCACCAUCAGUCCCAGAGUGGGACCUGUAACCAAGCCCUUCCUCAUAGUGGGGCUCUGCUGUUUGCAGGGGGCACCUUGGGUCAAGCAGAGGUGAAAAUGGUCCAUAUUGGGUAGCUAAUAGAGUGAGAUGCACUAUGGGGAGCCCCACCGUAUUGGCUAUAAUGUCAUUGGAGACCCCAACCAUUCCAAAGAAGCCUUUCUAAUUGGUUCUUAGGUAUCCAUCUGUCCUUCCUGUCCCAGACACAGUGGCACAGGUGGUCCAGCCCUGGUGAAGGCUCCAUUCUCUAGUCACCAAAAUGCAGGGCAGUGGAAGGCCAGGAGCUGAUCACUCUGAUGAUCUGGGGCAGUGUUGGGUGACAAGACCACUGGGACUCAAUGGCUUCAACACUGGGUGUACAUAGGAAGGGCAGAAAAGCCACACACACACCCAUGGGCCCAGGACUCUAAUGGAGAUACCCUGAACUUGACAGGCAACCCCACCCACCUAAGGGACUGCCCCAGAGCCUGCUUCUCUGCCAGGUAUUUUCACAGCUACCUAACCACACUGUUUACUUCCUGGCACUUUGGCCAAAUUCGUUGUCCUCUAAGAAUCACUGGCAAAAUACUGUUACAAGCUGCUCAUUGAACCUUUAUCCUCUUGUGGCCUGGUGAAAAGACUGUAUCCUCUAAUCCUCUUCUGUGGAUGGCUCUUGCUUUCAUCUCUCUGGAUGCUAUAUUAUAGGGUUCCUCUCGGGUGUGAUAUCCCUCAUAAAUACCCCCUGCUGUGCAAAUGGGCACUUGCACGUGUGUCCCCAUACUUGAAUUGUCAAAUAUGUGAUAUUCCUUUCAUUGUUGCCCAAACAGCUUGGGCCCCUGUUCCUGCCAGGACUCAGAAGGGAAAUAACUUCCCAGGGAGCACUUAUCUCCCUGGCAAGUGCCCAGGGGUGGCCCAGCUCGCAGCCUCUGUGUGAACACAUAGGAGUUUGAAUUAUGACUUGGCAGUAAGAGUGGUCAGUGCUCACUGGUGACCCAAACUACUGCAUAGGUUCGAGUGUACAAUGCAGACCAGCCAUGUCUAAGAGCCCAGUGCAGAGACCAACCUGCCUCUAACAGAGCCAGUAUCCAGUCCGUGGAGCUCAGCUCUGCCACAACCCCAGGUGGCAGACACUGGGCCCACAGUGACACAAAUAAAGGGACACUUAGGAGCAGAAAGCAGGCUCAACUGAGUCCAAGCAGGGACUAAGUUUGGUAACCCAUCACUGCCUCACCUACAGAGCCUGCACUCCAUCUACCUUCAUUUUUGACAAACUGGCCUCCUUGUAACCGGAAGCUGAUUGUAACAAAGGACUCCCUCAGCCUGUACUUGCCUAGUUCCUUUAAAUGGGCAUUCCAGUCUCACAAAAUCAUGAAAUCUUUCUCCUCUCUCUCUCCCUCUCUGUGGUUCAUUUGACUGAUUUGGGGAUGAAGGGGAUGAAAUAGAUUGCCUUGCUUUCUAUUUAUUUCCUUAUUGUGAACAAAGAAAAACACUGAGGCAAAAGAUGGGUCAUAGAUCUUCAUGUUUCCACCAAGUUGUUAAAAAAACCUUUCUACCCACAUGUGAGUGUUCAUGCUAAUUCCACACAAGUCUUCCCUUCCAUCUGGUCCAUUGUUGGUGAAGAAACCCAUUGUAAGAGCUGUCGAGGGGGACGAGGCCGUCCCUUCGCAAAGUAGUAAAGCACUGAACCAACUUUUUGCAAUAUGUAGUAAAUCUUGCUUUCAUUUUGAAAUACUUCCAGUAAAGACUACUGCACUUUUAUAGAAGAACAGUAUUUCAUUUCUUUCUUUUAUGAAAGAUCAUUUCAAGUAAAACUAGCUCUGUAACCUGUGUGACAUGGCUUCUCCAUUACUUGAUACAGAGGAGCUUUGAUGCUUAAUCAAUAAAAUUGACAUGUUUGUAAA